AUGACUUCUACUGCUACUUCUACAUCUGCAGUGCUUUCCACGUUAGUGGCUAAUUUAGUGUUGUUUAGUAUAUUCGUUGUUUGUUUCUUACUAUUAAGAUUGAAAUUCAAACGUAUUUAUUCCCCUAAAUCUUCAUUUGAUAUCGUUCCUGAAGAACAAAGACCUGUUCCUUUACCAAAGGAUCCAUUCUCAUGGAUAUUCAUAUUACUUACCAAACCUCAUUCCUUCGUCAUUCAACAAGCUGGUAUGGAUGGUUAUUUAUUCUUAAGAUUCUUAUUCAUGUUUGGUUUAAUCUUCUUAUUCGGUAUGUUAACUUGGACUGUUUUAUUGCCAAUCAAUGCUACCAAUGGUAAUGGUGGAACUGGUUUAGAUCAAUUAUCUAUUUCAAACGUUAAAAAUAGACAUAGAUAUUAUGCACAUGCCUUUAUGAGUUGGAUCUACUAUGGUGGAGUUAUUUUUGUCAUUUAUCGUGAAUUAUUCUUUUAUAAUUCGUUAAGAACUGCUGUUUUAUCAUCGCCAAAAUAUGCAAAGAAAUUAUCAUCCAGAACCGUGUUAUUUCAAAGUGUACCAGAUACUCUCUUGGAUGAAAAACAAUUCUUUAAACUUUUCAAUGGAGUUAAAAGAAUUUAUGUACCAAGAACUCAAAGAGAAUUAGAAGGGAAAAUAAAUAAAAGAAUUGGGUUAGUAAAUCAGUUAGAAGCAGCUGAGAAUAAAUUAUUAAAAACUGCCGUUAAAGCUAAAUUAAAAGCUGAUAAAAAGAAUGAAGUUUUGGAACCAGUUGAUGAAAUCAGUGCUUAUGUUCCUGAAAAGAAAAGACCAAAACAUAAAGUUGGUGGUUUCUUCUCUAAAAAGACUGAUACCAUUAGAUAUUGUCAAGAAGAAAUUCCAAAGAUUAAUGAUGAAAUUUAUAAAUUACAAAAGAAAUUUAGAACUUCAAAACCAAAAAAUUCUAUCUUUGUAGAAUUUGAAAACCAAUAUUAUGCUCAAUUAGCUUAUCAAUCUACUGUCCAUCAUAAUCCAUUAAGAAUGAAACCUUCCUUUACUGGUCUUGAACCAGCCGAUAUUAAUUGGUCUAACUUAAGAUUAUUCUGGUGGGAAAGAAUUGCUAGAAGAGCUAUUGCAGGUUCAGCUGUCGUUGCUUUAAUCAUCUUAUGGGCUAUUCCAGUAGCUUUUGUUGGGGUAAUUUCAAAUAUUACUUAUUUAACUAAUAAAUUACCUUGGUUAAGAUGGAUUUUAAAAAUGCCUCAUUUCUUAUUAGGGUUAAUCACUGGUUUAUUACCAACCAUCUUAUUAGCUAUUUUAAUGAUGUUAUUACCAAUGUUUAUCAGAGGUAUGGCUCAAGUUGCUGGUGCUCCAUCAUUACAACACGUUGAAUUAUUCACCCAAAGAACCUAUUUUGCAUUUUUAACCAUUAAUGGUUUCUUAGUUACUGCUUUAGCUUCAUCUGCAACUUCUACUGUAACUCAAAUCAUCGAUAAACCAACUUCUGCAUUAACUAUCUUAGCUAACAAUUUACCAAAAUCUUCCAACUUUUAUAUAUCCUAUAUCAUCUUACAAGGUUUAAGUGUAUCAUCAGGUGCUUUAUUCCAAGUGGUUGGUUUAUUCUUAUAUUACAUUUUAGGAUACUUCUUAGAUAGUACUGUGAGAAAGAAGUGGACUAGAUUUUCAGGAUUAGGUGCAGUAGCUUGGGGUACUACUUUCCCAAUAUUUACCAAUCUUGCUAGUAUUGCUUUGAUUUAUUCUAUCAUUGCACCAAUGAUACUUUUAUUCGCCUGUGUGGCCUUUUUCUUAGUGUUCAUUGCGUAUGCCCAUAAUUUAACUUAUAUAUUCAUUGAAAGUCCAGAUACUAGAGGUUUACAUUAUCCAAUUGCUUUAUUCCAAAUCUUUACUGGUAUUUAUAUUGGUCAAGUUUGUUUACUUGGUAUAUUCGCAGUUGGUAAAGGUUGGGGACCAAUUGUUCUUCAAGUGAUUGGUAUUCUUGCCACUAUUUUCUUCCAUAUCCACUUAAAGGAAGCUUUUGAUCCUUUAUUAGGAGUUAUCCCAAUUGAUUGUAUGAGAGCUUUAGAUGGUGUUUCAAAUACUGCUUCUUAUGAAGGUGCUUCUGAAUAUCAAUCCAAAGUGUUAGAUCGUAAGAAUAAAAGAAAAUCAGUUCAAACAGAUAAGCAAAUUGAAGAAGAUGCUAAAGCUACUCAACAAAUCAAGCAAGAUUUAAUUGAUGAGGAUUUACCAGUUAAUUCGGAAGAGAAUAAUAAUGCUAUUGUUCCUUUGAUUGCUGAUCGUGAUUUCAAAACAACUGAAUCUAAAAAUCCAAUUGUCAGAUUCAUCAGACCGGAUGUAUUCCUCAACUAUCGUCAUGCCAGAAGAUUAAUCCCAGCUACAUAUCAUGUGGAACCAGAUACUACAGAUGAUAGACAUGCUUAUGAUAUGCCAAUUGUUUCAGCUGUUUGUGCGGGUGUUUGGAUUCCAGAAGAUCCAAUGGGAUUAUCCAAGAUUGAAAUCAAAGAAUUAAGUUCAAUUGUUAAUAUCACUGAUGAAAACUCUGGUUUCGAUGAAAAGGGUAAUAUCAAGUUCCUUGGUGAAGCUCCAAAUUAA